AUUCUGUACGUCUGUAGAGGUACACAUGCCACCAUUUCCCACUAUAAAACCAGACCACUUACGAAAUUCUAAUGUUAAUAUAUCCGUUUCUACCAGCAGGUUAGGGCUCUGAAUCGAACAUACAUUGUUCUUCUUAUCCUACAUUCAAACAUGGCUACUGCAUCAGUGGCUUUCAAAUCUAGAGAGGAUCAUCGGAAGCAGCUUGAAUUGGAGGAAGCACGUAAAGCUGGGCUUGCGCCAGCAGAGGUUGAUGAAGAUGGGAAAGAGAUUAACCCUCACAUUCCUCAGUAUAUGUCGUCUGCACCUUGGUAUCUUAAUGCUGAGAGACCAAGUUUAAAACAUCAAAGGAAAUGGAAAUCGGAUCCAAAUUAUACAAAAUCCUGGUAUGAUAGAGGUGCAAAAAUAUUUCAGGCAGAUAAGUACAGGAAGGGAGCAUGUGAAAACUGUGGGGCAAUGACACAUAAUGUGAAGUUAUGCAUGGAGAGGCCACGCAAGAAAGGAGCAAAAUGGACUAACAUGCACAUUGCACCUGAUGAAAAGAUAGAGACUUUUGAAUUGGAUUAUGAUGGCAAACGGGACCGAUGGAAUGGUUAUGAUGCAGCAACUUAUGCUCGCGUCAUUGAGAGAUAUGAGGCAAGGGAUGAGGCCCGAAGGAAGUACCUGAAAGAACAGCAGCUGAAGAAAUUAGAGGAGAAAAACAAUAAGGAGAAUGGGGAAGGUAAUGUCAGUGAUGAAGAUGAAGAUGAAGAUGAAGAUGCUCUGAAAGUUGAUGAGGCCAAGGUUGAUGAAAGUAAGCAGAUGGACUUUGCAAAGGUUGAGAAGCGUGUUCGUACUACAGGUGGUGGAAGCACUGGAACUGUCAGAAAUUUGCGUAUUCGGGAGGACACAGCAAAAUAUCUUCUGAACCUUGAUGUCAACUCUGCGUAUUAUGAUCCCAAAACUCGGUCCAUGCGUGAAGAUCCUCUUCCCGAUGCUGACCCGAAUGAGAAGUUUUAUGGAGGAGAUAACCAAUACAGAGUUAGCGGGCAAGCUAUGGAGUUCAAGCAACUCAAUAUACAUGCCUGGGAGGCAUUUGAGAAAGGUCAAGAUAUUCACAUGCAAGCAGCUCCAUCGCAAGCUGAAUUGCUCUACAAAAAUUAUAAGAUCAUUAAGGAGAAAUUAAAAUUACAAAUGAAAGACGCCAUUAUGGAGAAGUAUGGCAAUGCUGCAACUGAUGCUAAACUCCCAAGGGAGCUUCUUAUGGGACAAACUGAGAGACAAGUUGAAUAUGAUCGUGCUGGGAGAGUUAUAAAAGGCCUGGAGACUUCUCUUCCCAAAAGUAAGUAUGAGGAGGAUGUGUAUAUUAAUAACCACACAAGUGUUUGGGGUUCAUGGUGGAAGGAUCAUCAAUGGGGUUACAAGUGCUGUAAGCAAACAAUACGGAACAGUUAUUGCACUGGUGCAGCUGGAAUUGAGGCUGCUGAAGCUGCAGCAGACCUAAUGAAGGCUAACAUUGAUCGUAAAGCAGCAUCUGAAGAGACACCUGUUCCAGCAGAGGAGAAAAGGCUUGCUACUUGGGGAAAUGAUGUACCUGAUGACUUGCUCCUUGACCAAAAACAACUCACUGAGGCCCUUAAAAAGGAGGACGAAAGGAAGAAGGAAGAGAAGGAUGAAAGAAAGCGCAAGUAUAAUGUGAGAUGGAAUGAUGAGGUUACUGCUGAGGAGAUGGAGGCAUAUCGGAUGAAAAGAAUACAUCAUGAUGAUCCCAUGAAGGAUUUUCUGCACUAAUGUUGUCCCAGACUUGCCUUUUAGCUGGAUUCUGUGAGCUGGGAACACUUAAUUUAGGAUAUUGUCAAAGCAGACUUGAUAUCAUUUCCUAAAUCUGCUGUUGUUGGGGCUCUAUGAACUAUUUGUUAUGAUUUUUGUUUAAUGUGCAUAUAUGUAGGAGGAAAUCAUAGGGAGCACAUUCUGUAUUUUCAUGGACUCAUUAAUGUUAAUAAAACUUUGUGUAA